CCGGUCUCAAGUCACGUGCCGGGUCAGAGCUCUGCAAUGCACUGCUCGGCACCUGCUGGCUCGUAGAGGACGCGGGCAUUCCCCAAUUUUCUCGCUGGCGAGGAAAUUACUCGGCCGUUGCAGGUUAGACGCAGACAACAGCUUCAGCUCUCCAUUGGAUCAACGCCAGCAACAUGGUGUACACGCCGCGCCGCUACCUCAUCCCGGCGGCUGCGGCUCUCGUGGCCAUGCAGAUGCAGCAGGCGUCGGCGACGUCACUCUUCUACGACCCAGUGACUUCGGCCAACACCACGGGCGAGAUCAGUAGCAAGUUCCCGGCGCGCGGCGGACAGGUCGCUGACCAGGACUGCGCCAUCACCGUGGAGGUUGACCCUACGCUUCCCGACAUCACCACCAUCUCAACUGUUACUGUGACCUACACGGAGCUGCUGGCUAACACGAGCACGGCUCCAUCGGAGGCCAUCUCCACCUUGGUGGGCAAGGCGGUCCUGUGUGAGGAUAUCCCAGCCACGGGCGCAAACCAGGAUGCGUACACGAUAACGACCACCACUUCGACGUCAACCUCGACGUCAACCACGCAGACGACCCAGUCAUCCACCACUUCCUCCGCGGCGGGCACUACGACGCAUACCAAAACGGGCACGACAGUUUCCCAAUCGUCCACUUCGACGUCCACCACUACGUCUACCAAGACGGGUGUCAUCACCAAUCCGUCUGCGUCCAGCAGCGUCGCUGGUUCUUCUGCGGAGCAAUCCACGUCAACCACUCAGCCGUCUACUAAGACGGGUGUAACAACGGCUUCUUCGACGUCGUCAAACAGUGUGGCUGGCUCCUCGGCUGAAGAGACUACCUCGACCACUUCGCCGUCAACUAAGACGGGUGUCACGACGGCCCCGACUACCUCGACUAGCGUUGCUGGUUCGUACGAUGCUGAGACUACCGCAACGGUCUCGCCGUCCAAGACCGGCGUGACGACCGCGACUACAUCUCCUAGCGUGGAUGACACCUCCGAAACCUCACCCUCCACAAAGACUGGUGUCACGACAGCCACGACGGCGCCUUCCACGUCGUACAGCAGCGUGGCUGGUUCUUCCGUUGAAGACAUUACCUCGACCACUUCUCCAUCCACGAAGACGGGGGUGACGCCUGCCCCUACCACUUCAACCAGCGUUGCCGGAUCGUCCAAUGUCGAGACUACCGCGACGGUCUCACCGUCUAAGACUGGCGUGACGACUACGACCGCAGCUCCUAGCGUGGAGGAGGAGCCCAACUGUGCCACUGGCUGGGAGGAAGAGAGCAGCCGUAAGCUGCGCCACUCGCCCAUGUCCGGCCGUAGACUGGAGGAGAAGAUCGAGACGAAGCGUCAACUCGAGGCCAAUACCAACAAGGACAUCGCCAAGCUGGAGGCCUACUUCGGCACGUCCAUGGAGAUGACGCUCGCCAACCUGCCAACCGUGGGUGUCCACACACCGUCGCCGUGGCCCGGUCCGUACUGGCCCACGUACCAGGACAGCAUCAACGUUAUCUGGAGUGCCGGUGAGCCGAGUCCCGCCGAAAAGUACGCCAAGGCUUUCGGCCUGGACGUCGACGACUUCAUGGACAAGGUGUCGGCCGACAACGGCAUUGACUCGAUGAGCAGCCGCACAGUCUGCUCCUCGGACAGUGACUGCUCGUCUCUCACCGACGGCAGCUCGUGCGCCAUCCGUGCUGGCAAGAGCUCGGGCUACUGCAUCCCUACCUGGUUCGGUAUCUGCCACGCUUGGGCGCCUGCUGCCAUGAUCGAGGAAGAGCCAAAGUGCGCGGUGACCUACAACGGCGUGACGUUCCAGCCGAUGGACAUCAAGGCGUUGAUCUCGGACGUCUAUGAUGGUGCUUCCGUCUCGACGGUGUUCACCGGCACACGCUACAACGGCGGUACGGACUCGACGGACGAGUACGGCCGUCACUCGAGCGACGCGUACCGUGAUUUGAACCCUGCGUACUUCCACAUUGCUGCGGCCAACCUUCUGGGCAAACUGAACGCCACCUUCGUCGCUGAUGUCACCGCCGGUUCGGAGGUGUGGAACCAGCCUGUGCGUGGCUUCAAGGUGUACGAACAGACGGAGAUGACGCUGGAGGAAGCGGCCCAGACCUUCUAUGGACUUGAGGAGUACCCGUGGAAUGCUGCUGCCAAGAGCAUCGUGUACGUCAAGACGCGUCUCUCGUGGAUCUUCGAAACGUACACGGAUGGUGGUCUGGUGUCCUCGGGUAAGGUCGACUCGUACACGACGGGUGCCUACUACACGUACCUGCUGGAGAUGGACGACGAUGGAGCCAUCAUCGGUGGUGAGUGGGUCUACGAUUCGGACGACGACCACCCGGACUUCCUGUGGUUCCCUAAGGCCAAACCGGCUGCUGAUACUGUGACCAGCAUCGGUCUUAGCUACGCUGAUGUGAGCAUGCUUCUGGAGAAGUCGGUGGCUUGCGCGGGCUCGUCCUCCGGCUCGGUGGACGCCGGAUCGUCGGCCUCUGCUUCGGCAACGGCGUCUUCUUCCGCCUCGGGCUCUACUGCUUUCUCGAACCUGGCCGGUUCGGGUUCGGCUCCGUUCACCAGCUCGGGUACUUCGACCACGGGCAGUGAGAACGCUGCUACGGUCGCUCCUGUGACGGAGGCCUCUGCCGCUACAGAGGCACCGGUUGCUACGGAGACUGCCACUGACAGCACCACGGCUCCAGUUUUGGCCACGUCUACCCCCGCCACCACGACUGCCGCUCCUUCGAGCAACCAAGGCAGCAACCAGUACUGGAACGGCCACUGGGGUAACAACCAGGGCAGCAACCAGUACUGGAACGGUCACUGGGGCAGCGAUAACAACGACGGCAGCCAGCAAGGCCACAGCUGGCUUUCGUGGCUUCACUGGUGGUAAGCCAAGCUAUGUGUGAGCUUUGUGCAGUUUUGUGUAUGCCAGAAUAUGGAACAAGUGAGAGAGAAUCACUUGCGUGCAUUAAGGGAUGAUAGACGACUAGAGCGAUCUGUGCGGCUUAAGUGUCAAUCAAAGAACCUGGCUUUUAGUUGUUCACUACGUUCCGUCUU